GUGUGUGUGUGUGUGUGACAGUGACAGUGUGGAGUGGAGCAGCUGUUGUGUGAUAACUUGUACACUAACCAGACGUUGUACGACUUCCCUAUCAGUGACUUUACUGUAGCCCCCGUCCCCUCCUCCCCCUCCCCAUCCCCAUUUGCUGAGUUGGGUGCAGGGCUGGGGAGUGGGAGCCACGUAUGGAAACGACAGACAGAGAAGACAGACAGAGACAGAGACACAGAUCGCAGCCCUCAGCAGAGCAGCAGAACAUGGUCCAGUGUCGGCUGUUGGCUCAGAAGGUUUGGAGCAUUCGCCAAAGUUUCAUCCUUCUCCUCUCUCCUUUGCUGCUCUUACCAGUCCUGUUCCUCAUGCCUCCUCAGGAAGGAAGAUGCCUCUAUGUAAUUCUCCUCAUGGCCACAUACUGGUGCACGGAAGCAUUGCCGAUUGCCGUGACAUCUCUGCUUCCCAUCUGCCUUUUCCCUUUCCUGGGGGUCCUGCCCUCUGCCAAGGUCAGUCCUCAGUACUUUGUUGACACCAAUGUUCUCUUCAUAAGUGGCCUGAUCAUGGCACUGGCGAUUGAGGAGUGGAACCUGCACCGAAGAAUAGCCCUCUCCAUCCUGAUGUUCGUUGGCGUGAGCCCACCCAUGUUGAUGCUGGGGAUGAUGAUAACCACAGCUUUUUUGUCAAUGUGGGUCAGUAAUACUGCCAGUACUGCAUUGAUGCUGCCAAUAUGUACUGCGAUGGUCAAGAGCUUGUUUGGCACCAUUGAAGCCUCCUCUGAGCCCAUUAAGUAUAACGUUAGUGAAGGUGGCUUGGAGCAUGAAGAUGUCUGUCAAAGGGAGCCAAUAUCAAAUCAGAUGUCGUUGACAGUAUUUGAUGACAGCUCAAGCCACCUACAGAUUUCUGAAACAAAUGUUGACCUUACACUGGUCCGAAAGAAAGAGCAAGAGCAGCAGAAGAAACUCUGGAAGGGUUUCCUUAUCUGUAUCCCUUAUGCUGCCAGUAUUGGAGGGACAGCUACACUCACUGGGACCCCUCCAAACCUUAUCCUGCUAGGCCAACUGAAAAGUUAUUUCCCUGACUGUGAUUCAGUGAACUUUGGAUUGUGGUUUUUGUUUGCCAGCCCCAUUGCUAUUUUGUUCCUGUUCUUUGCCUUGUGGAUCUCUUUCCUGUAUCUAGGACUCAACUUGAAAAGGUCACGCGGCAAGAACAAAAGGUCUCAAGACAGAGUGAAGGCAGUGAUAAAGAGCGACUAUGCAAAACUGGGACCAAUGAAGUUUGCAGAGAGGAGUGUCGCUGUCUUUUUCUUCUUCUUUGCCAUUCUUCUCUUCACAAGGGAUCCCAAAUUCAUUCCUGGCUGGGCUUAUUUUUUCCCAAAAGGAUACAUAUCAGACGCAGUGACCGCAAUGUCACUCAUUCUUAUGUUGUUUAUCUAUCCAUCUCAGAAGCCAUCCCUGAAAUGGUGGUUGAAUCCAAAAGCUCCAAAUGUUCCAAAUCCAUCGCUCUUAAGUUGGCAAAAAGUUCAAACAAACCUACCCUGGAACGUGAUCCUACUUUUAGGAGGAGGGUUUGCAAUGGCGAAAGGAUGUGAGGAAUCAGGGCUGUCCCAUUGGAUAGGCAGACAGCUCCGUCCACUUGAGAAUUUGCCGCCAAGUGCAGCAGUCCUGGUCAUUGCCAUAACAGUAGCAUGUUCCACUGAAUUUGCCAGCAACACUGCGACAAGUAUAAUAUUCCUACCGAUUGUGGCUCAACUGGCCAUCCGCCUGAAGGUGAAUCCUCUCUACCUGAUGAUCCCAGCAACGUUGAGUGGUUCCUUUGCCUUCAUGCUGCCAGCUGCAACACCUCCCAACUCUAUCGCCUUUGCUACAGGACAUCUAAAGGUCAUGGAUAUGGUGAAAGCUGGGAUAGUAAUGAACGUUAUAGGUAUUCUUAUGCUCUUAUUGGCUGUGAACACAUGGGGGCAGUACAUGUUCCAACUCGCUGUUAACCCGGACUGGGCUAAAGCCAUGACACUAGUUCUGGACAGUGAGGAUGUCCUGAAUGGGACUAUGGUACCUCUGAAUGGGACUUUAUAACGUAAAAUGUAUUGAUAUCCAGACCGCCAUUCAAGUUACACAACUCGUUCCAAACAUCAUUGAUCGCUGAACUGCUCCAACUGCUAAGAAAGAUUCCUGACCUGAAUGUUAUGGACUGACACGACUCCUGCAGAAAGAGAGACGGCGAGAGAUACACCCUGAAGAAUUAACACUUCAUUUUAUUUGAAAAGUUCACUAUUUAAUUAGUAAUUAUAUGUGUGGUGAUGGAAAGCCCAUUAGCAAUCUUUAAAUACACUACGAAUCAAUUCUUUGAAAUGGUAUAAAGCUGACACUGCUGUUCCCAGUUUGAAAAGCAGAAGACAACCUUGCUCCUUCUUAAUUAGUGAGUUAUAGCUUCCAUAGGAAACCAACACCAUUCAAAUAUACUAGUUGCCGAUUUUAACACAACUGCAUAGCUGGCUGGCUGAAAGCAUUAAAGGUGAACAAAUAUUAUGUUUGUUUUACAUUCCUAGAAAGUACUUCAAAAGUCAAUCAAUUUGGAGGCAGUAUUUAUAUGCAUUAUAUUAAAAAAUAUUUCUAGAUUAUGACAGUUUGUGGACUCUUGCAGGGUUAAGAUUGGAUGUUUUGAGUGUGGUUCAAAAUUAAAAAGGAUGCUGAGUGCAGUUGGAAACAGACGAUAAGAAUAUUCAAACAAAAAUCAAAAUGCAUAGAUAUUUCCCAGAUUCACGGAUAUCAGAGCAGCUUACAUUAAUUGCUUCUACAGGAUUCAGAAUGGCUGAUUCUCUCACCAUAUUUACCAUAUGGACACCACACACGCUUCUAACAGUUUCCACAGAUGUCUGGUUUCUUCCUUCCAUAUAAGUACAGCACCUUGGGAAGUCCUCUCGAUGUGAAAGGCGCUAUUCAAAUGUAAUUUUGUAUUGUAUUGUAAGUCUUCCAGUAAAAGGUCAUCAUUGCCAACCUUGUCCUUUCACAUGUAAUUGAUCACGUUAAGCCAAUAUUGUGUACAUGGACUUGGUUUAAACAACUCAAAAUCAUGUGUAAAUGACUCAAAAUGUUAAAAGUAGUUUGGUAGAAAUGUUCAUUCAAUUACAGUUUAGAGUAUUUAGGAAUCAAUGUAGAUUGUUUGCAAUCAAUGAGAUGUGUCAAACCUCUUAUCAUUGUACUAACCAGAAAAUGAUUUGAGAGAAAGGAAAAGUAUCUGACUAUUCCAUACAGGGUCUUGAUAUUAAUCAGAUAAGGUUUGAGGAUAUCCCGAGCUGGAACUAAUGUACCAACUCUAAAUCAAAGGGAACCCAAGAAAAGUUAAGGAUGGAUUGAGGUGUCCAAAAUUCCACAAACCAUUAUUAAACCUGAUGUAACCAGAAAGAGAGAGAGAAAGAUGAUCCACUCAUCUGUAUUCAAGCCCUCUCGAGGUUAAUACCAUGACAAGUGCAGACUUGUUCAAUUGAUUAAGUAUUUUAUCUAUUCAAUCUGGACAGUUGCAUUUUAAGAACUGCUAAUUAUUAUUUGUCUAUUCUGAUUCAGGUUGAGCCCAACUAAAUGCUGUUGCUAUAUCUGUAAGCAAAUGGAUGUUUGAGCAAUUGCAUCUUUCCCCACAUCAUCUUUGUGUCUAAAGUAAUUCAUUUACUAUAUUUUAUUGCAUUGUGCUUGCAUGGUUCUUUGGAAAGCACAGAGUUAAAUUCUGAGUUAUGGUCAGCUGUACUUUUGAAAAUCUAAUCACAUGAGGAAGCCUGAGUUCAGGAGGCUAUUGUGCAAGCAUUAACAGCUUUUGAAACCACUUAGGGGUAAGGAGUUGAAACUCAAAGGGAAGUACAGGCUUCCUUAUAUUAGAAGUCUGUUAAUAAACUGCAAGAGGGGAAAUUGGCAAAUUAAGUUUAUGGCAAUUACUUUAAUUAAGUUGACCUGAAUCAAAGGUUACUUGUUCAAUUGCCCAUCUGUGUCAUUAUAUUAAUCACAUUAAAACCACUUUGAAAGUAUCCCAACGUCAAUUAUAUUCUGGUAAUUAUUCAUCUUUAGCAUCGUAUAUUUAUCUCCUGUUUUCUUCCAAUAUUUAACUCCUGGCCUUGAGUUCAGUGAAAUGAUUGUCCUAGGUACAUAAAGAAACCAUCACAUUUACACAUUCUUUAGCACUUUUAUAAUCGUGCUAUUUGCCCGGCUGUAAAAGUCAAUACAAAAAAUAAAGUGAAGCGAUAUUG